UCCACCACAAUCUAGUCCAGGGAAAUGAUUGAAUGAUAAAUUUCCACAUGAAUGUUUGCUUCUUUUUCUUUGUAGCAUAACAAAAAAUACCUAAAUAUCCUUUUAUAAAGAAAAAUACAUUGCUUCAGGGCAGGGAUUUCACAGAACAAUAAUCUCUGUAGUCUCGCGAGAUUUUACCUCACAUCUCAUUCAGUCUCGGUCAGUUCCCUAAGCAGCGCGAGAUAUAAAAGAGUAACCGCACGCGCUGGUGAGAGAAACAGACGGCUUUACAGAUGGACUCGUGCGAGUUUUGGAUCCCAGCGAUAUGUCGCACGUGUAAAAUAAUCGUGCUCGGAGACGCCGGUGUGGGAAAAACGAGCCUCACUCAUCUCUACUGCACCGGAAAGUUUCCCGAGAAAACCGACUCCACCAUCGGUGUGGACUUCCGAGAGAGACUGGUGCACGUGGGGGGCGAGAAAAUCAAGGUGCAGCUGUGGGACACAGCAGGUCAGGAGCGUUUUCGGAAGUGCAUGGUACAACACUACUACCGCAAUGUACAUGCGGUUGUAUUUGUGUACGAUGUCACUAAUGCGGCUUCGUUCCGCAGUCUGCCCUUCUGGAUGGAGGAGUGUCAGCAACACAUGCUUGGACCAGAUGUACCUCGCAUGCUCGUGGCUAACAAGGCCGACUUGGUGACUGUGGCCUCAACCAUCGAGCAAGCACGGCACUUAGCUGAGGUCCACUCUAUGCCCUUCUACCUCUUUUCAGCUAAAGGUGGCAGCAAAGAACAGGUGGACACCAUUUUCAGCAAACUGGUACUACAGGCAAGUAGGCAGAGAAGGAAAAAACCAGAGCCAGCCAGAAGUAUUAAACUUCCUUCAAAAGCCAAUGCUGUGGAAGAGAAAAAGGAGAAAUGGACCUGCAAUUGCUGAUAGAGGGAUGAAAUGAGGACGUUAUAGAAGUCUUUGGCUGUCUUUAGACUUCUGCAUUUCAGGACUGUUAUUUUACACAUCGUUGUUGAUUUCUCAUCAAGACUCUGAAGUGCAGAACAUCUGCAUUCCAACAGAGGAAAAAUAAUUGGCACCAUGAACAGUGUAGUUGAACUGAUGUCUUAUGCAGUUUGCACAAUCAUAUCAGCUAAACAGGCAACAUAACUGUAAUUUAGCUUUAGUUUUACUUUAACUUUAAGAGUUGAUUUGGAUAAACAGAGCAUUGCUGUUAAUGAUCUGUGAAAUUCUGACAUCAGUGAAGCCUCUUGUAUGUUUUCAAACUGCUAUUGGUCAAAAUGCUAUGGAUCAGGUCUCUUAACCAUAUGAAAUAACCUUUAAUCCUGAUGCAUACUUUUUAAUUGACACUGCAGUUUGGCCAAAGAUGAAAUUUAGUUUUGUGUCGAUUUAAGGAUUUGCUUCAGGACUUUGUGUCUAUUGCAAUUCCAUUGUACCCUACAAAAAAUCAUGUGUGAUGCUUUUAUUAUAUUUGUUUAUGCACCUGUCCUUAGUUGAAUGAGUGAGUUUGGUUAAAAAUGUACAAGAGUGAGCAGGUUGGUGAAACUUGUUGAACGCUUUCUUAAGGACUUUUUCAGAUAUACGUUUAAAAAAAGCACCCGUGCUGUCAUAUCUCUUCAAAUUGUAUGCUGUAUAUGUACUUUUAAAGGAACACAUGCUCACAUAUACUUGUCAGCAAAUGGGAAGGGUCACUUGGUCAGUAUUUCCACUUGACUAGUAUUUCCACUUAACUGAAUUGAGUUUUUCAGCACAAAUGUUAGAUAAAAACAUGUCUGAUUGAUUAGUUGUGUUGAUUUUAUUUUUGGCCAAAUCAUCAUUGAGCUCUGUAUUAGACCUAAAUGCCAAAUAUCUACUGAAAAUGCUGGUGUGGUGGACACCUCAUAUUGUGUCACUGACCUUUUAAACCCAUUCAGUUGUUUUCCUUAAAUGUUAUUGUUACUAUCACAGUAUUAAUUAUGCACAGAGUUGUUGCUGAUUAUACGUGUAUUAGAUUGUUUUUUUCACUGAGAAUGAUUUUUCUUAAUGUCUGACUAAUUUAUUCUGAUAUUUCUCACUCUGCCAUAACCUAAAGUUCUGGACAUUAACCUCAUGGUCACCAUUUCAUUUAAAAUCCAGUGCCUACUAUCACAUUACAGCUUAAAUAAACAGAAUUAAACAUUUAA